CAUCUAUUUAUACAAAGUGCGGAUAGUUAAAGGCCUAGCUGAUCGCAGCCAGAUUAAAGCGGGGGCUAUUUAAGCCUGGGGUGACCGGAUUACCAGCAGUCCCCGCCUGACUGGAUCCACCACACGCUGUAGUCUGCUGAAGCCUGGUCUACAAAAUGUCUGCUAUAAAGAUGAUGCCACUUCUCUUUCUGCUGACUGUUGGAGGCUUCCAGUGUACUCAAGGCAUGCCAAGACUGAAACGAGAUUUGCAAAACUUGUGUCUGGUGUUCCAGACUUACGUCCCACGUAGCUGUAUGGACUUCUCCAGCUAUGGCUGUAGCUGUGGGCCUAACAAAGCCAGGGCACCCAUAGAUGGCAUUGACAGUUGCUGUGCCGCCAAGGAUCGUUGCUACGCAAAACUAAGUUGUGAUUACAACAUACCGACAGAGGUCAAGUGCGAAAACGGAGCUUGUCAGUGCACAGCGGCGGAUAAAUCUUCCUGCGCGUACAAGGCUUGCAAGUGUGACGUCAAAGCCGCUGAGUGCUUCACCCGCUACACUUUCAACGAGUCUCUCAUCAACUACGACUACACCAAGUGUGCUAACGUCUCAGACCUGACCGUGGGGGACAGUGGGGAGAGACUGGACCGCAGCGGGGGUAAAGGUGCCGGGAGCUGGCCGGAGAGCUGGGGUGGGCGGAAAGAUGAUGGACACGAUGAGAAGAAAAAUGAAAAGAACAAUGGAAAGAAGAAAGAUGAUAGAGAUGACGAUAAAAAUGGAAAGAAGAAAGGCGAUAGAGAUGACGAUAAAAAUGGGAAGAAAAUAAAAAAGGGAACUGGUCGCAAAUAAAAGAGGUUUUGUAAAAAAAAAAAAACUUGCUUAUCGGUAUAUUAGAUGUUUUUUCAUAAUAAUAUCUGUUGACUUUGAAAUCUUAAAAGUGAGAUUGUAUUAAAUAAAAAGUGUUAUAUCUUC